AGGAAUUCGAUGUUAAUGGAGUAACCAUCAAUUCAUAAAUUUUUCAUUAGUCUCUAAUAGUAUUAAAAAUAAUUGGUAAUUAGAGUGGACUUAGGUAAAACAAUUAAUUUGGACACGUUUUAAAAGCGUAAUAUGACCUUUGGAAGCUGAUACAUGUAUUGAAAGUGGUUUCUAUGUUGGUUAUGCUGAGAAAUAACAUCAGCUGACGGUAUAUCUCCAAUGACAAUCGUUUUCGUGGUCAACAUUCGACACAAAUGUAUCCAGCAGGUUAGAAAAAACGUUUAAUGUUGUUAAAAAAGAAGAAAAAAAACAAAGGAAAAUAAUGAUUCAUUAAUUAUAAUCGGUAAUUAUUAGAACUCUUGAUAAGUGAUUGUAUUCUGAACCCGUGCAGCAAUACGAUUUAUUUUUGUCGAUAUUAGAAGAUUAACAGUCAACAUUAAAAAUGCCUUUCGUUACAAGAAACUGUCCUCACAUGUGUAAUCAUUCAGACUUUUCAAUCAUCGAAGCAAUUUUUGCCCAAAAAGAAAAAUUCACCAAGUGUAGUGACUGUGACAAUGAAGGCCCCAAUUUGUGGCUAUGUCUUUAUCCUGGUUGUCGAUGGGUUGGGUGCUCCGAGAAUCAUUUAGAUCACAAUACAAUCCAUAACACGAAAAAUCCACUUCAUUGUACCCAUAUGAACCUUACGUCUAACAGAAUCUGGUGUUACAUCUGUAAUAAAGAAGUCUUAGCUAGGCAUAUACCAUCUCCACCACUUUCUCCUAGCCAAAUGGACACUAAAUUUGAUAGAAUAAAGUACUCUGGAGAUGUUCCCACAAUUCUAGAUAACAAGGUUGAAUUCGACACAAGAGUGCUUAUCGAUAGAUUCUAUUGUAAUAAUGAGCAAAAAUAUGAAAGAUAUUUUCAUGAAAGGUCUGGAGAUUCUCCUGAUAGUAGUGACUCCGAAGAUAGUAAAGAUUUUUCUGGUAAACCAAGAGGUUUAGUCGGCCUACAGAAUAUAGGAAAUACCUGUUACAUGAAUGCAGCACUUCAAGCACUAUCAAAUGUCGUUCCUCUCACUCAAUUCUUUUUAGAGUGUGGCCAUAUGGUUAAUUAUAUCGCAAAGGAGAGAAAACCUGGAUUGAGUUUAAGUUACAUGAACUUAAUCAAAGAUAUGUGGAAUAGGAAGACUAGAGGAUACGUUGUUCCUAAUGGAAUUUUGUCAGGAAUCCGAGCUGUAAAUCCAAUGUUUCGAGGAUAUCAUCAACAUGACACUCAAGAAUUUCUUCGAUGUUUUAUGGAUCAACUUCAUGAAGAGUUAAAAGAACGUGUAGAAGAGGAUAGAGAAAUAAAUUAUAACAUGAAAAAUAUGAGCGAACAGUCAUCGGAAGAUGAAGAGACAGAAAUAGAUGGGAAUGAUUCCAGUCAAUCUGAUGCUGAAUAUGAAACUUGUGAUUCGGGAGUUAGUGAACAAAGUUCACUAAGUGAUGAUGGAGAACGUGGCAUGAAAAGAAGAUACUCACGAGUAUCACAAUCAGAAAAGCUGAGAAGUAAAUUUACUACUAGGAAUAUAAAAAAAAGUGUUGAUGAAACUUUCGCUCAACCUCAAAGAUCACUUCAAAGCUCUCCUACUAAACACAGAGUAAAAAAGCCUGUAAAGACGCGAAGUAUUAUAAGUGACGUUUUUGAUGGAAAACUUCUUAGCAGUGUUCAAUGUUUAACGUGUGAUCGAAUAUCAACUCGGGUCGAAACUUUCCAAGAUUUAUCAUUACCCAUUCCAAGUAGAGACCAUAUAGACAUGUUGCAUCAAGGAUCUUUAACACCACAAAAAGCAGGACCAUGUUCUGAUGUUGUUUACGUAGCAAAUCAAUCAAGUUGGUUUUCUUGGUUCUUUCAGUUAUUGCGUUCAUGGAUUUGGGGACCAGUUGUAAGUCUGCACGAUUGUCUGGCAGCAUUUUUCAGUGCAGAUGAAUUAAAAGGAGACAAUGUUUACAGCUGUGAGAAAUGUAAUAAGUUACGUAAUGGAAUUAAAUAUUGUAAGGUACUAGAGUUACCUGAAGUAUUGUGUAUACAUUUAAAAAGAUUUAGACAUGAAUUGAUGUUUAGUUCAAAAAUAGCUAAUUAUGUAUCAUUUCCUCUUGAUGGGCUUGAUAUGCGUCCGUAUUUACAUAAAGAGUGCGUAUCUAAAGUAGCUACUUAUGAUUUGAUUUCGGUAAUAUGCCAUCAUGGUACUGCUGGAGGUGGUCAUUACACUUGCUACGCACUGAACAUUGACGUCAACCAAUGGUUUGAAUUUGACGAUCAAUGUGUUACCCAAGUAUCGUCAGAAACAGUUCGAAAUUGUGAAGCCUAUGUAUUAUUCUAUAAAAAACGUUCGCCAGAAAUGCUUCAAUGUCGCGAUAAAACAAUGGAAUUAAUGGAGAUGUCUUCUAAAGUUCCGGAAUUGAAUUUCUUCGUCUCCCGUCAAUGGAUUAAUCGGUUCAAUACUUUCUCAGAACCUGGACCGAUAGAUAAUUCUGAUUUUUUGUGUCCUCAUGGUGGUGUCAAUCCCAUCAGAUCUGCAUUUGUAAACAAAUUAAGUACGCCUCUCCCUCAAGCAGUUUGGGAGUAUCUUUAUAAUACUUUUGGUGGUGGACCAGCUUGUUCGCAUUUGUAUGAGUGUCCAACUUGUGAAGAAAAGUAUGAGACACUUCAAAAACGUCGACAGUACGAAAUGGAAAUUUUCCAACGAUAUAACAGCAUGGAAAAUUCUACUGCGAUUUAUGCAGUAGCAAUGUCAUGGCUGCGACAAUGGCAAAACUUUGUUAAAGGCAAAGAAAUUCAACCACCUGGACCAAUUGAUAAUUCGUCGAUUAUAAUUAACAUUAAUGGGCAAAAAGAUUUAAAACCAGGGUCUGAUUGUGCUCAAGUAUCUGAAGAAGUUUGGCAGUGUUUUGUCAACAUUUACGGUGGCGGACCAGAGUUAAUGCUAUCAUGUCAAAGGCCAACAUCGAAUACUUCUGUACAUUCCACGUCACCUUCAAAUAUGUUGGAUCAAAAUCCGAAAUCGAACCGUUUGGAAUCUAAAAUCAAUAAAAACACGGUAACCAAAAGCUCAGAAACACUUUCGCAGCAAGAUAGUGCUAUCGAAUGUUUGACGUCUGAUAGCGAUUCAUUGAAAUCGCAACGGGUGACAAGUGGAUAGACUUCUGUUUGGCAUUCAAGUUAAAUUUAAAGAAUUGUUCCUUUAUUUAUUUGGUGGAUCAAUUUCCAUACCACGAACGUUUUAAGUGCACUUGAUAAAAUGAAAACCAAUAAGUCCAUGCAUUAUCGAACUGAAUUCAAAACUUUUAUCUGUUUAGAUUUUAUAUCACAUUUCAUUAAAUAAUUAUUUAUUAAUUGUUUAAUUGUUAAAUUGCAGUCACUUAUUUCAGUUAAUUAUGUGCAGAUUAUUUUAUAUAUGUUCUAUUAAAGAACAAAUUAUUCUUAUAAUAAACAUCUGAGUAUUAUUAUGAUUAUUGUUUAGUGUUUAAAUAAUUUGAAUAUUUUCUUCCAUUAUAAAUAUUAAUAAUAAAUUGUGCAAUUUUUAAAUGUAAUAUUAACCUAAUUUUAUUCUUUUAAAAUAAGCACGUAACGUUCGAAAAAUGCACUUUAUUGAUAGCCAAAUUAGACAAUUAUUGGGUUCAUUUAAAAUAUGUUUAAUUUCAAUUAUUUUUGAUUGUUGGGUUACUUUUUAAUAACUUAUAAUUUGUCUUAUUUUUAUUCUUCUGUUUGUUUAAUUUCGUUUACUUUUUUCGAGUAAUUAUCAUUACUUACAUGUUACAUAACACAUUGUUAUUUGUAUCACACCUCCAUGUACAAAGGCAUUUCACAAAACUAACUGCACUCCGAAUAAUUCCAAAAUAUUUUUUUUUAUCAAUAAUUUAUAAAAAAAUUUAAAUCUACUUAACAAAAUGAACAAUAAUGGGAGCAAUCUCAGCCUUGACUGAUAAUCGAAUUCAAAUUUUUAAUAAUGUUUAUUUUUUUUAAUUGAAUUUGUGUGAAAUGCCACGUUUGAAUGUAUUAGUUUAAGUAGAAACUCGAAAAUUAAAAUACAAAAAUUGUCUUAAAAAUUUUUUUUAUUAUUCUUUCUGUUGGGUUUCAUUUAUUGUAACUUAUUAAUUGUUAAAAUCAACAUGCAAAGUAAUGAAAGUAAAGUAAUAGUUGAUAAUUUAUGUUAAAUUAACUAACAUUUAAUUAAUGAAAAUCUAAAUCUAUU